AUGGAUUUAUUCUCGGUGUUUGAUGAGGCACCUGAGACAUCUGUACCUAAAAUAGAAGAAAUUAAUGAAGAAAUAGAACAAGAACAACCAAAAAUAGAUUCCAAAAAAAGAAGAAAUGAAGAUGAUUUACAAUCAAAAGAACCAAUAACUAAAAAAUCUAAACAACAACAAGAAGUUAAACCAGUAGUUUUUGAUUCAGUAGAAAUAGAAGCGUCUAGAGAAGUUGAGGCAAGUGGUGGAUUACAACAAACAACUGAAGAUCCAAAUUCAAAAUUGAAAUUAAGACAUCAAGUUAGACAUCAAGUAGCAGUUCCACCUUCAUAUCCAUAUAUUCCAAUAAGUGAACAUAAAAGAGUUAAUGAUGCAAGAACAUAUCCUUUUACAUUAGAUCCUUUUCAAGAUACAGCAAUAUCAUGUAUAGAUAGAAAUGAAAGUGUUUUAGUUUCAGCUCAUACAUCAGCUGGUAAAACUGUUGUUGCAGAAUAUGCAAUAGCUCAAUCCUUAAGAGAAAAACAAAGAGUAAUAUACACAUCUCCCAUAAAAGCAUUAUCAAAUCAAAAAUAUAGAGAAUUACAAGCAGAAUUUAAAGAUGUUGGAUUAAUGACUGGUGAUGUAACGAUAAAUCCAGAUGCAGGAUGUUUAGUUAUGACAACAGAAAUUUUAAGAAGUAUGCUUUAUAGAGGUUCAGAAGUUAUGAGAGAAGUUGCAUGGGUUAUAUUCGAUGAAGUACAUUAUAUGAGAGAUAAAUCAAGAGGUGUUGUUUGGGAAGAAACAAUAAUUUUAUUACCAGAUAAAGUUCAUUAUGUAUUUUUAUCAGCUACUAUACCGAAUGCAAUGGAAUUUGCUGAAUGGAUUGUUAAGAUUCAUAAUCAACCAUGUCAUGUUGUAUAUACAGAUUUUAGACCAACUCCAUUACAACAUUAUUUAUUCCCAGCUGGUGGUGAUGGUAUACAUUUAGUUGUUGAUGAAAAAGGAACUUUUAGAGAAGAAAAUUUUCAAAAGGCAAUGACCACAAUUGGAGAUAAUACAGGUGAUGAUCCAAAUUCAACAAAUUCUAGAGGUAAAAAAGGUCAAAGUUAUAAAGGUGGUAAUAAAGACGGGAAAUCAGAUAUAUACAAGAUAGUGAAGAUGAUUUAUCAAAAAAAAUAUAAUCCAGUUAUUGUAUUUUCAUUUUCGAAAAGAGAUUGUGAAUCAUUAGCUUUAAAAAUGUCAAAAUUGGAUUUUAAUACUGAUGAAGAAAGAUCAGCAUUAACUGAAAUUUAUAAUAAUGCUAUAAGUUUACUACCAGAAAAUGAUAAAGAUUUACCACAAAUAAAAAACAUUCUACCAUUAUUAAAAAGAGGGAUUGGAAUUCAUCAUUCAGGUUUAUUACCAAUUUUAAAAGAAAUUAUAGAAAUUUUAUUUCAAGAAGGAUUUUUAAAAGUUUUAUUUGCAACAGAAACUUUUUCAAUUGGUCUUAAUAUGCCUGCUAAAACAGUUGUUUUCACAUCUGUUCGUAAAUGGGAUGGUGUUGGAUUUAGAUGGGUUUCUGGUGGUGAAUAUAUUCAAAUGUCAGGUAGAGCAGGUAGAAGAGGUUUAGAUGAUAGAGGAAUUGUUAUAAUGAUGAUUGAUGAAAAAAUGGAACCACAAGUUGCUAAAGGAAUGGUUAAAGGUCAAGCUGAUAGAUUGGAUUCUGCUUUCCAUUUAGGAUAUAAUAUGAUUCUUAAUUUAAUGAGAGUUGAAGGUAUAUCACCAGAAUUUAUGUUGGAAAGUUCAUUUUAUCAAUUUCAAAAUGCUUCAAGUGUACCACAAUUGGAAAAAAAAUUAAAUGAUUUAGAAGAUGAAAUAAAAGAUAUUCAUAUUGAUGAUGAAUCUAUUGUUAAAGAAUAUUAUGAUUUAACUCAACAAUUGAAUAAAUAUAAUGCAGAUGUUAGAAAAGUUAUUACUCAUCCAGGUCAUAUCUUACCAUUUUUACAAGAUGGUAGAGUUGUUAAAAUUAAAAUUGGUGAUUUUGAUUAUGGUUGGGGUAUGGUUACUUCAUUUGUUAAAAGAAAUCCAAAUAAAUUUCAACCACAUGAAUUUACAGCUCAUGAAUCAUAUAUUGUAAAUGUAUUUACAUAUACUAUGUUUGUUGAUUCACCAGUAAAUUUAAUAAAACCUUUUAAUCCAUUAUUACCAUCAGGUAUAAGGCCAGCUAAAACUGGUGAAAAAGCAAGAGCUGAAUAUAUUCCAAUAACUUUAGAUUCAAUUGAAAAAAUAAGUAGUGUAAGAUUGAAAGUACCUGAUGAUUUUAAAAGUGCACAAGCUAAAAGAACUUUAGUAAAAACAAUGAAAGAUUUACCAAAAAGAUUAAAAGAUGGUAUACCAUUAAUGGAUCCAGUAGAAAGUAUGAAAAUAGAUGAUAAUGAAUUUAGAUUAUUGCUAAGAAAAAUUGAUGUAAUUGAAUCAAAAUUAUAUAGUAAUCCAUUACAUGAUACAGCAAGAUUAAAAAAUUUAUAUGAUAAUUAUUCACAUAAGAUUGAAUUGGAAAAUAAAAUCAAAGAUUUGAAAACCAAAAUACUAGAAGCAGAAGCGGUAAUUCAAUUAGAUGAUUUGAGACAUAGAAAAAGAGUAUUAAGAAGAUUAGGUUUUACAACCCAAAAUGAUAUUAUAGAAUUAAAAGGAAGAGUAGCAUGUGAAAUAAGUACAGGUGAUGAACUAUUAUUAACAGAAUUAAUUUUCAAUGGUAAUUUUAAUGAUUUAUCAAGUGAACAAUGUGCAGCAUUAUUAUCAUGUUUUGUAUUUCAAGAAAGAGCAAAAGAAGUACCUCGAUUAAAACCAGAAUUAUCAGAACCUUUAAAAUCAAUGCAAGAAAUGGCUAGUAAAAUUGCUAAAAUAUCUCGAGAAUGUAAAAUUGAUAUUAUUGAAAAAGAUUAUGUUGAAUCAUUUAGACCUGAAUUAAUGGAAGUUGUAUUUGCUUGGUGUAAAGGAGCAACUUUUACUCAAAUUUGUAAAAUGACUGAUGUUUAUGAAGGUUCAUUAAUCAGAAUGUUUAGAAGAUUAGAAGAAUUAAUUAGACAAUUAAUUGUUGCUGCAAAAUCAAUUGGUAAUACUGAAUUACAAGAAAAAAUGGAAAAAUCUUUAGAAUUAGUACAUAGAGAUAUAGUAUCUGCUGGUUCAUUAUAUUUAUAG